AAUUCUAAAUUAAACUCUGAAAAUCAGGUUGAGAAACGUUAGUAAAACAGCAAAUAAAAUAUAAAUAAAAUAGCCGCUACAACAACUACAACAAAAAGCAUUCCAAUGUUGAGCUGUUUGACGCCGGGGUCUUCACGUUUUGGCCAAGAGGAUAACAUAAUACAGCAAAGCAUGCCAUCGCCCACCGAUUUCUCCAUGCAGUUUCCCUCUCUGGCCAACAGUCUGCAUCAUGCACAUCCAGCCCAUAGCAAUGCCAGUAAUUCCGGCAGCCAGGAGCAUGUGGAGCAUGCUGCUAAUGCCACAGCCUUGGCUGGUGGCGCCGAUGAUUAUUUUGUGAAGUGUACACAAUGCCACAAGCGUUUCACAGAAUUCCAGUCCUUCAGCGAGCACAUUGCCAGCGAACAUCCGCACGACAAACUCAAUUUUGAGUCCGGUCGAGGAGCGUCUGCUGUGCGCCCCGCUCAGCCGGAGAGCGAUGCCGAGGACGCUGACCAGCUGAUGGACGAUUGUGAGCAGCAGAGCAAUGGCAGCAGCAGCCGUAAAUAUACAAAGUCGCCGCCCAACAACAACAACAAUGAGAUGGCUAAGAAUCACAAUAACAACAACAACCACAACAAUAACAAUAAUAACAACAACAGCAGCAAUAGCGUUCACAGUAUUAACAAACAAUCGCCGCUGUGCUCGCCCAACACUGUGGUGCCGCCACCGUUCACCCCCAGCGAAAUGUUUGCCCAACUGCCGCCCCCACAAUUGCCCGUCCAUCUGCGAGCCCAGUUCAUGGCCGCACUGGCCAUGCAAACGGCACGCUCGGCCAGUUCGCCCAGCGGUCAGCUGCUGCCGCCCCAACUGCCCCCUCAUCACCCGCACCUUAAUGGCAAUGGCAGCAACAGCAGCGUGGGCAGCAACUCUGCCUACGAUCUGGAUUUAACUACAGCGCGCUCCACCUCCAGUCCCGGCUCGACGACGGGUGAUCUCAGCGGCGCCUAUCCCUGUAUGCAGUGCACGGCAGCCUUUCCAACGCGCGACCAACUGGAGCAGCAUGAGGUGCUGCACUCGCCCACCGGACAGCAGCAGCAGACCCAGAAUGUGACACAGACCUGCAAAAUAUGUAACAAGACGUUUGCGAAUGUCUACCGGCUGCAGCGCCACAUGAUCAGCCACGAUGAGUCUGCACUCCUACGCAAGUUUAAGUGCCUCCAAUGCGACAAGGCCUUUAAGUUCAAGCAUCAUCUGAAGGAGCAUGAGCGUAUUCAUUCCGGCGAGAAGCCGUUUGGCUGCGACAAUUGCGGUAAACGCUUCUCCCAUUCCGGCUCCUUUUCCUCGCACAUGACGUCCAAGAAAUGUAUCAGCAUGGGAUUGAAACUGAACAGCAAUCGUGUGAUGCUAAAGACGCUCGAGAAGAAUGUGUCCAAUAAUGUGGCUGGUAAUGCACGCUCCUCACCGAUGGAGCAGCAACACCAACAAGAACCACAAAUGCCAAGGAAGCGCACACAAAAGCUGCCCGAGCUGCCAUCGCUGCCAGGACUGCCACCCACUCUGCCUAAUCCGAUGAUCUACUUCGCCAACGAUGCUCCGCCAGCGGCUGCAGCUCCAUUGAACGCCAAUGUGCCGCCCUUCUAUCCUAACUACAAUGCCAUGAAUGUUCUGCUAUCCUCCUUCCCCAACGCCAUCUACCAGAUGGCUCUCGAUCCCCGCAUGCAACCCUUUGGCAUACAAAGCCUUUUGCUGCAGCAGCAGCAUCAAUUCCACCAGCAGCAGCAACAACAACAACAGCAGCAGCUGGAGCAGGAGCAGGAACAGCAGCAGCGUGAAGAGCAGGAGCUGUACGAUGAUGAGCUAAAAGCCAAGGAUGAGGAAGAAACACCGGACGAGCCAAAACUGGUGAUGGAUUUGGAUGAUAACGAAGACAAAGAGCGAGAACCCACUCCCCGUCAGCCAUUGCCCGAGCAGACGCAUGUGGAAAAUGAGUCUGUGACACAACAGGCAAAUCGCGCACCCACGCCCACAGUCAUCAACAGCGAACCAGUCACGCCCAAUUGCAUCAAACAAGAGGAGCAGGAGCAGCCAGAAGUGCAGCUGCUGGUGCAGCAGGAGGAACCUCACGUCCUGCCGAGCCGGCAGAAUAGCCCCCUCGAUGUCACGGCCGCCGACUUGCGCUGUAGUCGCUGCGACAAGCAAUUCAACCAUCCCACGGAGCUCGUGCAGCACGAAAAGGUGCUCUGCCACAUCAAAGAGGAGCUCGAACAGCAAUACCAGCAGCGCCAGCAACAGCAGCAGCAACUACAACAACAACAGCAGCAGCAGCAGCAGCAUGAAGAGCCCAAUGGCCACGGCUACAGCGAAGCAGAUGGCGAAGACGAUGAAGAGCCACAUGUGGACACAGAGGAAACGCGUCACGAUUUCAAUGGCAGCGACAGCGGCGAGCGCAAGGUGCGGGUCCGCACCGCCAUCAACGAGGAGCAGCAGCAACAACUGAAACAGCAUUAUGCCUUAAAUGCGCGUCCAAGUCGCGACGAGUUCCGCAUGAUUGCCGCACGUCUCCAGCUGGAUGCUCGGGUCGUCCAAGUCUGGUUCCAGAAUAAUCGCUCGCGCGAACGCAAAAUGCAAAACUACAGCAACAGCAGCAUUAGCAACAAUAACAACAACAACAAUACCAGCAACAAUAUUGUCAAUGAGCCUUCUGUGCCGCGUAGUGGCGAGGAUCAGCCGUUGGAUUUGUCGCUCAAACGUGAUGUGUUGUCGCCCAAACGCAAUGGCCUGCAAAUCCACUCUCCCCUUUACGGAGAGGCCCCACAACAGGCUGAGAAUAAUGGUCCCCUGGAUUUUCAGGAGGCCAUCAAUCUGAGUCGCAAGCUUUCGAACUCUGCAUGCUCCCUAUCGCCAUCAUCGCUAUCGCCCUCAUCGGGUACUUCAGUGCCACAUGCCUUUAAGCAGCAGCAACAGGCAGCCGCUGCAGCCGCCGCUGCUCUCUACUUUGGAGCACCACCGCAUCAGCCACAGCCUCGUCAGACGCCCUCGCCGCCAACACAUGAAUCCGCUCAACCGCUGGGCAGUUCCACGCCACGCGGCAAUGCCACCUUUCCCGGCCUGGCAGCUCAUCUGCCGCACUUUAUGCUGCCCGGCGCCAUGCCACGCAGCCUAAUGCCCAUGGAUGCACUUUACCAGAUGGCGCCCGGCCCGCUCAUGAACAGUAUUAAGCUGCCCGAUUAUCGGGGCACUAGCCUCAGUCCGGGCUCGGAGAAGCGCUCCUGGCGUGAUGACGACUCACGCAUCUCGCACGAGGACGAUUAUGGCAUGGGCGGUGGCCUGUUGCCUCCGAAACCCAAACGUGCCAAGGCCGAAACGCAUGGACAUGCGGGAGAUCCGGAUCUACCAUUUGUGUGCGAUCAGUGCGAUAAGGCCUUUGCCAAACAGAGCUCACUGGCGCGCCACAAGUACGAGCAUUCCGGCCAGCGACCCUAUCAAUGCAUGGACUGUCCGAAAGCCUUUAAGCACAAGCACCAUCUGACCGAGCACAAGCGUCUGCAUAGUGGGGAGAAGCCGUUUCAGUGCUCCAAGUGCCUGAAGCGGUUCUCCCAUUCGGGCAGCUACAGCCAGCACAUGAACCACCGUUACUCCUAUUGCAAACCCUACAGGGAAUAGGUAAGCGACACCUCAGUGCCGCCCACCUCCGCAACAGUGGCAGCGACGACGAUCACGACGUCAACGACGCGUGGACGUCGCAGCAAUGCCAGAAAUCAGCAGCAGCAACAACAACAUCAUCACAACAACACAAACGGCAACAGCAGCCACAAUCAUAGCCACAACUACCAGGGGCAGCAUCCGCUGGCCGCGAUGGCAGCCU